AUGCAAGAGUCCAAGAUAAAGGAAGAAAACACGUGCAUAAAGCAUGAGACAGUGGUCUGGUCCUGGAGAAAGAAAAAGUCUUGA